UCUCUCAGCCCGCGCUCAGUUUGUCUUAUUAUCGUAUAUUUUUCUCUUGCUGUCGGUUUUCCUUCUCUCCUUCUUCUUCUUUAGUCAUGUUUUCGUCUUUAUAUAUCUUGUUAACUCUUUUCCCGUUCCAUAAUUUAUCAUUCUCUUCUCCCCUCUGUCUGUGUCUCUCUCUCACGUUCUUUCUCUCUCACUUCCUCUAACUUCAUGCCUUUUUUAUGUAAUUUUAUUUUCCGUCAUUUUGUCUCUUUCCAUUUCCUAUCUCCUCAACCUCACUAUCUUCAUAUAUUUGUUUACAUAUCAGUCUGCUAGUGUAUAUAUACCAUUAUAUGUAACUCUUCUGCCCUUUUAUUUAACUCUCUGUAUCUCACUGCACUCAUUGUUCAUCUCUCCCUCUCUCUCUCUCUCUCUCUCUCUCUCUCUCUCACUCUCUAUUACUUUCUAUCUCUCGUUCAUUCCCUCCUUCACUCUCUCAUUCUCUUCCUCUCUCUCUUUCUCUGUCCCUCUCUUACUUUCUCUCUUUCACUCGUGUGCAUCUUAUUUCGUCUUUUCAUCUUGCCUGUCUCCAUUCUGUGCGCCUGUCUCUGUCUCAGAAUAUCAAAAUAUUUCUCUGUGUUGUCUGAUUAUAUCCCUCUUGUAUCAAAUCAUUCCCUCUCUCCCCAUCUCUCUCCCUCUCUCCCUCUCUCACUCACUCUGUCUCUCACUCUGUGCCUGUUUCUCUUCCUCUCUAUCUAGCUAUCCAUCUAUACAUCUACCUUUUUAUCUCCAAUUAUUUCGAUCGCUCACUUAUAGUAGUUAUAUUGGCGAUGUGUGGGACUUCGCACACAUGUUAGAGUCAGAACUCUAUGCGAUAUAAAGGCGUUAAACAAUCUGUCUACAUCUUUGGAUUUCUACAUGACGUACUACUUGUUCCCCACUAUAGCUUAAUAGAAGGCAUAGAGAAAAAGUAAAAGAAAAAAUAAUAAACAAUCAAACGAGGCAAAUAUAUAAUAAUAUUAAUUGUACACAAUUCUUUUGACCAACAAAAGAAAUCCACCGAAACAUAAAACAACAAAAAUAUAACUCCAGCCGCAGAAAAAUUCAGGCAAAAUCAUUGAAUCAAGAGAAUCGACUGCGACAUAAAGGUGGUGUUUCGACAGUCGUUAUAGAAGUAUUUCGUAAUAAAUCUAUCAUCCAGGGAUGUUAAUACUUCGAAUCUGACCAAACGAUAAAUUUUUUUUUGAGAAUAAUAAUAAGAAAAUACGGACAUCAAAAUAAGCAGAAAUCAGCGCAAUGGAGAAAGACGCUGGUACUGUGUCAGUAGAUGUGAACCAAUCAGCGGCGACGUACGAAUCCCUGGUUACGCCAUCGGCAGCAACGUAUGAAUCACUGAUAACACCCGAUCGUGUUGAACGACCCGAUCACAUUCCGGUAUUUGCUGAAGACGAAGACGGAUAUUACCGAGGCAAAAACAAAUUCAACGCACACAAAAAAUAUGUACCCAAGAUAUCGUACAGACAUUUUUCCCUGCCCUUUCGUCGACGGGAACUUGUCGUCCUCUGUUCAGGAUGUCUACUCAUGUGUAUUGCACUCACGCUGAUAAUCACCGGAGCCAUUCGAGUGCACGGCUGUAGUUGUCCGGAUUUCAUGAAAUGUUUCGGCGGAAGUGAUAUGUCCUCCUAUUCUGAAGACGACAUUCAUUUGAUACCAUUAAGGAAUCUUCGGAAUCUAACAGGUAGCACGCUAAUGGACUUCAACUAUGCCCUGGAAAAGCCAUGUAAACAGUCUUCCACAGGCGGAGUGAACGGCAGCAUGGAGGGAGAUUCCAGUUAUGCAGUAGACGGAGAUUUUAAAACCUGUUCACGAACUGAUGUUGAACAUCGCCCAUAUUGGCAAGUGAAUUUGAACAAGGUGCGGCAAAUACGUAAAGUUAUUCUAAUAAGCAAAGACACUCACACAUCUCCGCAACGAUUCGACGUACAUGUUGGAACCAGCCCGAACGUAACUGAAAACCAAGUUUGUAAGCGAUAUCACAGUGUUCCGUCAACUCCACUUGCCACUAUAUUCUGUGAAGAAGAUUUGAGUGGAAGAUAUGUAGGCAUAAUCUUGAACGGAACAAACGAGAAUGGAACCGGUAGUUUGGUAUUAUGCGAAGUUAUUAUCUACCAAGAAUGAUACCAGGCUGGAAGCAAGCAA